AUGUCUAAACACAAAAAUAAUAAAAAUCCACCUACCGGUGAGGAGAAGGCAAGCGAGGUCAGCUCGCUUGGAGGCGAUAGCGAGGGCCAGGUUGGCUCUCGGGUUCGUGGGGAGGCGCUGGCCCCGUCCAGCAAGUCUCGGGCACGGGCCCCGGGGAGGAAGGAGUCGGACUCAGAGUCCGACUCAUCAUUGUCUGGCGUCAGCAUCGCGCUGCGCCACAAAAAAGACCGGGGCGUUUUCAAACGUCCCAGGUUGGAGGAUGGCCGAGAGCCGUCCUCCAUCGAGCAGGAGGCCCCAGCCCCCAAAAUCCCCACGGCUGCGCGGGGUAGGGGCAAGGGGAAGGGCUCCACAAGAGCGGCUGGGAGCCGCUCUGAGCCGGCAGAGCGGCUGGCAGCGGAGGGGAGCGCCCUGGGAAAGGCUGCCCCCUCGGACUCCUCGGAGAUGGAGGUGUCCGGAGGCCCGAGCGUACGGCGCGUAGCGUUCCGCGCGCUCCUCAAAGAGCCAAUAGACCACCACAGACGGGGCCCUAAAGGGCUGAUGUUCAGCCGGGGUUGCGGGACAUUGGGGCCAGGACAAUGCAGAUGUAGUUUGAAUGACAUCUCUCAGAUUUUGGAAGUGAUGCCAGAACUAAAAGGACCACCAGGCCCACAAGGACCUACAGGAGCUGAUGGCACUACUGGUGCUCCUGGAAAAACGGGACAAAUGGGUGAGCCGGGGCCGCCUGGGCCUGUGGGGCCAAAAGGAGAUAGAGGAGAGAGGGGCGAGAGUGGUGCACCAGGCCCUGAAGGCCAAACAGGGCCUAAGGGCGAUCCUGGUUCAGAUGGGGCACCCGGGCUACAGGGACCUCCAGGGCCGCCGGGUCCGCCUGCGCCAAUAACAUCAGCAUUGAUAGAAUCAACAGGAUUAUACGGGUCGAGUAAUCCAGGGAUACUUGGGGAGAGGGGUCCAAUGGGUCUACCGGGUCCUCAAGGAGAAAGAGGAUAUCAAGGGAAUAAGGGCGAGAGAGGAUUACAUGGCCCUAAGGGUGACAAAGGAGAAAGGGGCUACGUUGGCCUGAGAGGGCCACAUGGCGCGAAGGGAGAGCGAGGCCAACCCGGGCGCGAUGGCACGCCGGGCCUGCCGGGCCCUCACGGGCGCCCCGCCGAAAAAGGCGAAAAAGGUGCUCGCGGUCUCCCCGGCCCCCCAGGACCCGCCGUCCCAGUUAUAUCUGAAAACGCUAUAUCAACUGACGUCACGCGCACAGAACCUGACCGGGGGUAUAUAAGCGGAACUGCGGCUCACCGCUGGCAGUUGAGUUCUAAGUCCAAAGCGAUUCGGAAGAAAAGGAAGUACAGUGAAAUAGUGAAGUGCAGUCAGUUAAGUGAGUUAAGUCAGCGUGAACAGUGA